ACCCUCCACCUCUCACAUGGUGUUAGAGAGAGCGUUCCAGCGUUUCUGCUUAAAUUGCGAUAUCGCUUUCGUGGAGUGAGUGUACAUUUAACCUACAUUCAUUGAAAGCUUGCCAAUAGGGUGAUGCAAAGACUGCUGGGUCGCUGUACGUGCCUCCUAGUAGAGGACGAUGUCAUUGUAUUUGCUCGCGUACGAGUCUCGCUGAGAGCACUUGAAAGCAGCGCGCAGGGCUGGAUGCGUCUGUGUUUCAGUCUAUCGAUGUCUUUUCUACUAUCAGCUGAGCUGUCUUUGCACGAUAUUUGUCCAUUUUAAUCAUGUGUUUGAAAAAUGCCAAGCUGUUUUGCGAAUGUUUCACAGUUCAGGACUCUUUGUCUUACUGCUGAUGGUGCUGGAGGGGACCCAUCCAGGCCUAUCCUCCCCAUUACGCCCCAUCUGUGACCUUCGCGUCCUUGACCAUUUCACUAAGGAGGCCUGGGAUGCAGAGGCUGCCAUGAAAGCUUGUAACGAUGACUGCACCAUUGCAACAAACCUCACUGUUCCUCUUACACGAGUUGAUUUUGAGGUGUGGGAAGCAAUGAAUAUACUAGAGCAAGCUCAGGAGGUCCAGUCAGGCCUGUAUGUGCUGAAUGAGGCCAUCAGCUCACUAAAGGCAUACAACCAAACUGACGAAAUACACUCCCACAUAGAUUCCAGUGUUAGUAACAUUGCCAGCAUCAGACAGGUGUUGCGAAGUCUCAGCAUUCCGGAAUAUGUGCCUUCAAGCAGUGAAGAUGAGGGCACGGAGAUGCAGAAAGUGUCCUCAAUUUCAGAGCUGUUUCAGGUCCACAUUAAUUUUCUGCGAGGGAAAGUGCGCCUUCUGAUUGCCAAUGCACCUGUCUGUCAUCAGAGUGCUAGCUGAUAGAAACUCUAGGACAAGGGCUUAAGUAGAGCUCCUCAUAUGGACAUGGACUAUUGUUGCAGUCACAAAGGAUUGAAGAAAUGACCAGGACUUGUAGCACUUUGUGAAAAGAGAUUUUUUAAUAUUUACUAUAAAGGGAAAAGGAAGGAGACAAACCUCUUACUCAUCAAACACCACAUCCCCAAGAAUGGCUUAUGAUUACGGCGGUGUACACUAUGUGUGUUGAGCAUUCACACGCCCACCUGCAUUAACUGAAAAAAUCAAACCAAAAAGGAAUCAACCACUUGCCAGAAAUCACUCCUGUUUCCCCAUAUGACUGAUGGCACUUGUCACCCAGCUCGAUUAAGAAGAUUUAUCCAGGACGCUUUACAUGUGUUUUGUAUCGCUUUUGAAAUUGUCAUUAUUUAUAUGAUAUAUUUCUUAGAGUUGGAAUCACUGGCUUUUGCAAAUUCUUCUCUGAAGACAUUCAGGUGAAGACAACUUUUUCUAUAUGUACUGCUGCCUCAAGCAACUCCAAACAUUGAAGUGUUCAUAGAGAAGACUAUUUAUCAAUAUUAAUUAUGCACUGUGGGUUUUAUAAUAAUAUCAGUGUAUGAAAUGUAUGUGUGUGGUUCUUUUAAGAAUGCUGCUGGGAAUGUUUAAAGGGUGGGAAGUUGUAAAACGGGGAAUUGUUACAGGUCAUUUGGGGUGAAAUGGAGGAAGGACUGGAUUGCGCUUUUGUUGGGAAUUGGAAAAUUUCGUGCGAGCUGAUGGGUCUCUGCGUUAGUUCACGUCUGAAUUACGCUGUGGAGCACGCUGUUCUGAAGAUAACACUGCUGCCAGGAAAAAUAUUGAUUGGUGUGUGACGUACAUCCUUCCUCACUUCCACUUGACUCACUAGGCUGCAUAUAUGCCUUUGGGUAAUGAUUGUAGGUCGAUAUUUUUGUUUGUAUGUUGACAUGUUUGUUUUGCAAAAUACCCUGUUUUUUUACAUCUGUCGGUCACUGCCUGGAUGCAACAAAGUAUGUUUGUAGCUGUU